GGCGAGCGCAACGAGGCGGGAGAGGCCGAGGGUCGCGGCGUCUGCCGUUACCCCGACGGCGCCGUCUACGACGGCGAGUGGAAGGCGGAUAAGAAGGAGGGGCGCGGCGUCUACCGGUUCGCCGACGGCGUCGUGGACUCGUGCUUCUACAAGCAGAGCGCACCCGUCGGCGAGGGCGUCCGGUGGCUGGCGGACGGGCAGCGGGCGUGGCGGCUGCGUAAUUGGCAUCGGGUGGAAGAGAUCUCGCUGGAGGAGGCGCGGCAGACCGCCGAGCGGCUCGGGCUCCCCCUCCCCUCCCCGCUGCCCGGCGCGUGA